GGGAGGCGGUAGGGACGGUUUGUUGUGCUCGGAACAUGGCGGGCGUCGGCGACGCGGCCGCCCCGGGAGAAGGCGGCGGUGGCGGCGUGGACGGCUCGGAGAGGGACGGCCGGGGCGAGGCGGAGCAGCCGGGCGGCGGCGGUCACGGGCCCCCGCCGGCGCCUCAGCACACCGAGACGCUGGGCUUCUACGAGAGCGACCGGCGGCGGGAGCGGCGCCGCAGCCGCGCAGAGCUUUCCUUGUUGAGGUUCCUCAGUGCUGAACUAACAAGAGGGUACUUCCUUGAACAUAACGAGGCCAAGUAUACAGAAAGAAGAGAAAGAGUAUACACUUGUUUGCGAAUACCAAGAGAAUUGGAAAAGCUCAUGUUUUUUGGAAUCUUCCUGUGCCUGGAUGCAUUUCUGUAUGUGUUCACCUUGCUUCCUUUAAGAAUUUUCCUGGCGCUGUUCAGGCUUUUCACGCUGCCUUGCUAUGGCUUAAGGGACAGACGUCUGCUUCAGCCGGCCCAGGUGUGUGACAUCUUGAAGGGCGUCAUUUUGGUGAUGUGCUAUUUCAUGAUGCACUAUGUGGACUACUCCAUGAUGUACCACCUGAUCAGGGGGCAGUCCGUCAUCAAGCUCUACAUCAUCUACAACAUGCUCGAGGUAGCAGAUCGUCUGUUUUCAUCAUUUGGACAAGAUAUACUAGAUGCUCUGUACUGGACGGCGACAGAGCCCAAAGAAAGAAAAAGAGCCCACAUCGGGGUGAUUCCCCACUUUUUCAUGGCUGUUCUCUAUGUCUUUUUGCAUGCCAUCCUGAUCAUGGUUCAGGCGACGACUCUCAACGUAGCUUUUAAUUCGCACAACAAGUCCCUGCUUACCAUCAUGAUGUCUAAUAAUUUUGUUGAAAUUAAAGGAAGUGUUUUCAAGAAGUUUGAGAAGAACAAUCUCUUUCAAAUGUCGAAUAGUGAUAUUAAGGAACGAUUCACAAAUUAUGUGCUUUUGCUAAUCGUGUGUCUAAGAAACAUGGAACAGUUUUCUUGGAAUCCAGAUCAUCUCUGGGUAUUGUUUCCAGAUGUCUGUAUGGUGAUUGCAUCAGAAAUUGCUGUGGAUAUUGUAAAACAUGCCUUUAUCACAAAAUUCAAUGACAUUACUGCAGAUGUCUACAGUGAAUACAGAGCCAGCCUUGCUUUUGACCUUGUUAGCAGUCGACAGAAAAAUGCAUAUACUGAUUACAGUGACUCCGUGGCACGGAGGAUGGGGUUUAUUCCUCUCCCACUAGCUGUUUUACUCAUCAGAGUUGUAACAAGUUCAAUUAAAGUGCAAGGAAUCCUGUCUUAUGCCUGUGUCAUACUCUUCUAUUUUGGGUUGAUAUCCCUGAAAAUUCUUAACAGCAUUGUCCUGUUGGGAAAAUCAUGCCAAUAUGUGAAGGAAGCCAAAAUGGAAGAAAAGUUGUUUAACCCGCCCCCAGCCAGCGCACCCGGCAAACCGUCCAGUAAAUCACAGAGUAAGAGUAAAUCCUCUCAAGAAGAAAGCCUCUCUGCUUCCGUCACCAGCCAGCCAAGUCAUCAAAAGGAAAACGUCUUACCUCUGCUUGUGACAAGCACCUCUGAUCAGUUUCUGACAACUCCAGAUGGUGAUGAGAAGGAUGUAACACAGGAAAACUCUGAGUUAAAACACAGAUCCUCAAAGAAAGAUUUGUUAGAAAUAGACAGGUUCACAAUUUGUGGAAACCGAAUUGACUGAGUUCUAUGGCUCCGUGUGCCAAAGACGCAGAGUCCCGGGCGGCAGGUGCUACGCUACCAGGGCGGACAGACGCUGAAAAUGGCACUUAAAUAUUUAUUUAAAGACUUAAAUUAUUAAUGGAAAGCAAAUUUUAGUGUCCUUCUGCUAGCAAUGUGGUCUGGCUGAAGGUCAGGUCCUGUGAGUCCACCAGCCGGGACCUCCAGCCUUGACUCUCGGAAAACCUGAUGGAUUCGGAAGAGUUCCUCCCACUGGCCACGCCGCAGAGUCGCUGUGGGCGCGCGCGACGGGAGCACCACCACCAUCACUGGGCUUUGUCAGUCUGCUUCCAGAACAUGGGAUUCUGCCGUGAGUCCUCUUAAGCAUAAGGAUCCACCUGGGAAACUGUGAAGCUCUUACCACGACGCUCCCUUUCCAGCCUCAUUCUGUUCCCACAGUUUUCAAACGCCACUUCAUCUGCCAAAGCAUUAAAAAAAACAAUUAAGUCAAAAUAAAUGUUCUUACCACCAGAAUAAUCUUUGAAGAUGUAUCUGAAUUAAUCAGAAUAAAAGGCUACCUUAAAAAAGA